CGCCCACGUAGGCGCAGCUGCUCAUGGAAAUUUGGAAAUGGAUUUUGCCGGGACCUGGAGACGCCUUCGGGUAUAGGACGUUAUCUGAAUUUCGGCGAGACCGUAGUGACGAGGAGUGUUCAUCACCACACUAACCUAACACCGUGACACUCGUCUGAACCAAGUUCCCUGAGUGCCGUGAUUGUUUCUAGUGCGGUUCCUCUUGAAAGCUCUUCAAAUAUGAUUCCAUAGCAUUCGUGUUUGUGUGUGUGAGCACGACGGUAUGCAGCGAAGAUGCUGUUGUUAUCUUAUCACAUAGCGCACGCUGUACAGUUAAGCGUAAAGAUGAAGACACAGGAGUAUUGCGGCACCUUGCGAUACUACAGGGGAGCAUGCAGUAGUAUUAUUUGAGGCCUAUUUUGUUCCAAGUGUCUCAAGUAUGGUUCUCAGCGCAGUCACUCUUCUACCAUGCUUCUGAAAUCUAUGCCGUUAAUUCACAGCCUGUUCCGAUUUGAGAGAUGCUGAAUCUUCCUUUCAACGUUUUUAGCCGUGGACCAUCCGCGGAGCUUUACUUCUCCAGUUUAGCUCCGACGAGACAUACGUUUGCGCAUAGAAAGAUAGUUUUCUCUCUUUCUAAUCAAGAGAGUGGAGCGGCGAGUCCUUCAUCAGGAAUUGAAAUUGGUCAAUGUCCGUUAAGGGUUUUUGGAACUGAUGCGGUGCAUAAGCAACAGUGAGGGAAGUCGUCAGGGUUUAUUUGUGCAUGUGGCCAAGUAGUCCCCUCCGAUUGAGUUGUAAGACACCAUGGAUGCUCUGCAAUUCUACGAAUCCAGCUCGGAUUCGGAUGUGGACGAAGAAACCGAACGGCGAGGUUUCUGCGUAAAGCGUUUCAAGCCUGCUGCUGAGGAUAAGACUGAAAGCUCUUCUGCAUUACCACUGUCACUGCCACCGCCUCCGCCUGAACUUUUCAGCUCCAUUCCAGAUGCAGCGGGGACCAAGAAACGGACUCGAAGUGAUCAUGGGGGCCGAGUACGAGCUUUCCCGCACGUUGAGGGAAACUAUGCACUCCACGUAUACAUUCCUGUGGUAUUGUCAGCUUCAAUACGAACCAAGAUUGCUCUUUAUCUUCAAAAGGCUGUGUCCUUAUUUCCAAGUCUUAAGUCUACGGAGGAUGAUGAUUUGUCGGCCAAUGUCGGAUCAAAUCAAGGCAUCAAGUUAGCAACUGAGUUCCAUAUUAGCCUUGGACGGACUGUUCCUAUACGUAUUCAUCAGAUAGACACAAUGGUGCAUCUGUUACGUCGAAAAUUUGAAGGUCAGAAACGGUUCUUGGUCGAGUUCGGUACCUGGGAAGUCUUCGUCAAUGAUGAUCGGACUCGGUCCUUUUUGUCACUUGAAGUUGUGGCAACUGGAUAUGCAGAGAUCAAGAAACAAGUGUCCUUGGUGGACCAUGUUUAUACACUGCACGGUUUACCAACUUUUUACCCCAAUCCUCGGCCACACAUCUCUCUGGCGUGGGCGCUGGGUGACGUCAAAGACGCCCUUGCGACCGUAGCACAAGAACUGAAUACAAUGGCGUGCUUUAGAGAAGAAAAGUCAGCCUGUUUCUUCACUUCCUUAGCCACUAAGGUUGAGUGUAGAAUAGGACAGAAGCUACAUCCAAUCUGGACAACUAAGGACAAGAAGAGUAUGCUUGAGCUUUCGGAGACCGUCAACUAGUUCAUUUAUUGCAGAGAUUGCAUUGUAAAUCAGUCAAAUAUAAUUCCGAGGUUUUUCUACACAUGAUGGCUCAUCGUGGCAAGCUCAUGUUCAA